AUGCCGUUCGUCCAAAUGAUGAAACGCAUUGAUUACGUCGGCAACGUGCUUCUGAUCGGCUCGACUGUGUCGGAGUAUGAUUUCACACUUGUCAUUGGCUUGGUGGAACUGGGCAUUUUUAAGGUCUACGAAACGACCUCAUGGGUCAACGAGCCAACUCGUCCCUCCCCUGCAAUUGCCUUUACGGUCACAUUGCUGAAUUCGGCACUCCUUUACUGGAUGUUGUUCUUCUUACCAGUCUAUUUCCCGGCGGUGUUGCUAUCUUCACCGACCCCAAGCGGUGUCUAUCUUAUCCCAAUCAUCGUCAUCGCUGUGUCUACCGCCAUUGUUGCCGUCCUUUUUCUCACGAAAGUCGACAGAUACAAACCCUUCCAUACCUUUGACUUUGCAGUUUCUACACUUGGUCUUGGUCUGAUGACACUCCUGGACGAGAACAGCAACAUUGCCACAUGGGUAAUCAUUUCGAUGGUCGCGGGCAGAGGAGAAGCUGGAUUCUCAACACAUUUCUAUCAGCAGCGCAAGCAUGCCUACCAGAGAGCGACCAAGCUGCCACGACUGCAGCGUGGUCCUUUACACGAUCAUUCGGAGCCAUCGGGGACAUCUCCAUUCCUGCAGCUAUCUUUAACAAUCGAUUCAAACAGCUCUCCUACCGUAUCACCGACCCAGCUGUGCAGGACAUACUAUCUCAUGGUCGAGCGUAUCAGUAUGCUUCCAGCCACUUCGUCAAGUCUUUUGGAGACCCAAUCACUGAAGACAUUGAUCAGAGUAUAUUCGGACGCUCUGAAGCGAGUGUGGGAGAUCUCGAUUGUGUUUGCCGGGGUGGCCUUCACACUCUCAUUUUUUGAGAAGGAAAUUACGCUAAGAACAGACUGGAGACAGAACAUGGCAUGGAGGAGAGCAAGGAUAAGCAACACACGAAGGUAA